AUGCUCCGGUACCUGGAUACACACCCGCUCUUGGGUCAGCAAUUCAACAACCACAUGAGUGGCUAUCGUCAGGGUCGACCAAGCUGGAUGGAUGCGAACUUCUACCCCGUUCAAGACCAGUUGAUUGACGGCAUGGAUAACUCCAAAGACGCCGUCUUGUUGGUAGACAUUGGCGGCGGUUACGGUCAUGACGUCCAAGAUUUCAGAACCAAGUAUCCUCAGCGAUUUGGUCCCAGCAUCGAAUGCAUGGAGUAUGACUUUCAUACUGGGCGACCAUUGAAAGCUACUUCUGGCAGCUGCAGGACUUACCCUUCAGACGCUAAUGGAAUUCUAGUGGCGAAAGCAUACUACAUGCACUCCGUUCUGCGCGACUGGCCCGACGACGUGUGCAAGAGCAUUCUGAAGCAAGUUGCUGGCGCGAUGAAGAAAGGCUACAGCAAACUGCUUAUCAACGAGAACGUGAUUCCAGACAAGGGCGCGGACUGGCAAGCCACCGCAUUGGAUAUGAUGAUGAUCACCCUUUUCUCUUCGAAGGAGCGGACGUAUUCGCAAUGGAGCCAGCUGUUGGAGUCACCCGAGCUCGGACUGAAGAUCGUCCGUGUCUGGACCGUUAAGCAUUCGCAAGAGAGCUUGAUUGAGUGCGAACUUGUUUGA